AUGGCACAUCUGAAAGUGGUUUACCCGCCGGGGGUGAAGGAGAUAUUCGCGGAGCUUCCGGAAGAUGAUCUGGCGAGGCGUCUGAAAGAAUGUGCGCAGGCCUUCCAAAACAUGAAUCAGGAGGACGACAAUUCGAGGUAUUCCGAUCUGGCUCUGCAUCUCGCCUCGGAGUUCUUCUUGGAUCAUCACUCGAAGGACGUCAGACUUCUGAUUGCCUGCUGCAUCGCCGAUGUCUUCAGGGUGUUCGCGCCUGAAGCCCCGUAUAAAGAUCCGGAACAGUUGAAAGCCAUAUUCGAGUUCUUCAUCCAACAACUCAGAGGUCUGGAAGAUCCGAAGAACCCGACCUUCAAGCGAUAUUUCUAUCUCCUCGAAAACUUGGCGUCGGUCAAAACCUUCAAUAUCUGCUUGGACAUCGAGUGUGAUCAGCUCAUCAUCUGCAACUUGUAUGCUCUCAUCCUCUCCAUUGUCAAUGAUUUCCACAGCUCGAACGUCAGAUCCUUCAUGGUGAAUAUGCUGUGUCCUCUGAUCAACGAAGCUGAUACCGUAUCCCAAAAAUUGAUGGACACUCUUCUUGCCUACAUUGUUUCGCCCAAAAAAGGAACGCAUAAGGUGGCCGCGGAGCUGUCGAGAGCAAUACUUGAGAAUACAAAGGAUGCCUUGCGACCCCAUUUACAAUCUUUUUUCAAUAACUAUCUGGUCCUUGGGAAAACCGGUGGCUCAGUUCUCAUUCCGACAAUUUACGAGCUCAUCUACGAGUUGAAUCACAUUCUGCCGGAGACCAUGGCCGGGGUUCUGCCUCAAUUGGAGAUGAAGCUGAAAUGCAAGGAGAACAACGAGAGACUAGAGGUGACGAAAUUGGUCGCUCGAAUGUUCUCUGAGAAGAACUCGAACCUUGCCGGUCAGUACCCCGCUCUAUGGAAUGCGCUCGUUGGCCGCUUCAACGACAUCAAGCUCCAGGUCCGUAUGAGAUGCGUUCAAUACUCGAUGCAUUUUCUUUUGAACCAACCAUCUCUGAGAGCGGAUAUCACGAACACCCUCAAGACACGGCAACAUGACCCUAACGAAAGCGUCAGAUUCGAAGUUGUGAUGGCCAUUGUGGAAGCAGCGAAGAAAAAUUUCGAAUCGGUCAGCAUCGAUCUCCUGAACAUUGUUAAAGAGCGAACCCUGGACAAGAACUUCAAGGUUCGACGAGAAGCUCUGCUGGGAUUAGCGCACAUAUACAAAAAUCUCACCUGUGGACCGAGUGAGACCGAAGAUCCCAAUAUAAUUGAGUGCAUUUCCUGGAUUAAAAACAAGGUCCUUCACAUUUACUAUCAGAGUGAGCUUGAGGACAGAUUGAUCGUGGAGCGAAUCCUCCACAGCUGCCUGGUGCCUUAUCAGUUACCAAACGAAGUGAGAACAUUCAAAUUGUACCAGCUGUUCGCAACUUGCGACGAGCACGCCGUCAAAGCCCUCAUCGAAAUAUUGAAAUGCCAACAUGCCAUACGACAACAGAUCAAACAGGUCGUGCAGCUGAUAGGUCAAGAAAACGACGCGGACCGACAACAGGAGCUACAAACUCGGAUCGUUCACAUGGCGAGAAACCUGCCCGAGCCCGUCAGAGCUCAAGAGUAUUUAUUUAAACUCGCCGAGCUGCUCAAAACCUCACCCACAACAUAUCAACACAUGGUUCUAAUCUUGGAUGGGAGCGCAACGUGCGCAAACGCCGAGCAGAGCGUCAAAGAAGUUCUGAAAGCUCUCGGUCUCCCCGUACAGACGAACUCGUUCUUCGUGACCAUAAAGCAGAUGCUCGAGAGAAUCGCGCCGGUCGUCAUCGAUUCGUCCGGCAUCAAGCAAAUUUUCGAAUACGUUCAAGAUUCUCUCCGUGGCAACGGAGAGAUAGACGUUCAGUGCAACGUUUCGCAAUCCGGCUAUCGGGGUUUGGAACUGUUGCACACGUUGUCCGGUGUUUUUCCGAACGCUUUCAUGACGGAAGAAAUAUUCGAAAUCAUCUAUCAUUUCCUCGGUUUCGACUGUGCGCGCACCCAAGUCCAGACGCUUCUGGUCCUGUCGAACGUGAGCAAAGAUCUCGAAGUGAGUUUCCCAAACAUAGCGCAGCGCAUACAGCCCGUAGUUCAGAACUUCGUCGAGAACGGAACCCCAAAACAAGCCAAGUACGCCGUUCAAUGUCUCUACAACAUGGUAUUCAACAAGGACCGAGUCCUCGGCGUCGUCAUCGAUCACCUCAAGCAUCAUCUCACUCUCGAAUCGCCAAAUUUCGAAACCGCCCUCGUAUCACUGGGACACAUAGCUCUCUUGUUGCCGGAGACAUUCUAUCAACAAAUGAAGAGCAUCGUCAGUAAAAUUGUUGUGAAGGAGCUCUUGAUGACCGACAAAGAAGAGCCCCGCAUGAGCGAGUUGCAGUGGUGUGACCAGGAUGCUCUGCCGCAUGAAACGCGUUGCAAGCUGGCCGGCCUCAAAAUGAUGGGUCGGUGGCUCGUGGGUUUAUCGAAUCUCCAUCAACAACAGCAACAGAACGCUCAGCCCGAACAAGAGGUUGAGAUGGAGCAGAGUUUGCAGGCGAUAACUGGGAAUGCGGCCAGUACCCUCCGACUGUUGGUGCGAAUGCUCAAAAACCAAGGCGAUCUCAUGGAGAAAGAACACGUCAGCGACUGCGAGAAAUCUUAUCUGCGACUGUGGGCUGCCUCCUGUAUCUUGAAAGUAUGUUCUUGCACGGUUUACGCCGACGUCAUCACCCAGUCCCAGUUCCAGAGACUCGUGACGAUAAUAACCGAUCCCGUCGACGAGGUCCGGGAGAAGUUCGCGGCCAAGCUCCAUAAACGACUCAUGUCCCUACAGUUACCUCUUCAGUUUAUGGCUCUAUUGUCGUACGGCGGCAUUGAGCCUCGACCCCAACUCAAAGCCAAGAUGAGACAUUAUCUCUUGAAUAAUAUCACUCGCCGGCGGGAAUACCUCAAAGCGAAUCCGAUCACCACAGCGAAACUGCUCACGAUCUUGCCCGAUUACGUAGUGGUAUACUUGAUUCAUUUAAUGGCCCACGAUCCUCUGUACGAAGAUCCCUCCGAUGUAUCGGCUCUCAAUCGCAUCAAAGAGUGCCUGUGGUUCCAACUGGAGCCGCAUUGCACGAAGAACGAAAACUACUCGUUCUCGUAUUUCAAGAAACUUUUGGAGGGCAUCAAACGAUCGAAAGACCGUCAGGAUCCAACGAGCGAAACCGCAAACCACCGACUGUAUGCGAUAUGCGACCUCACUCUAGCCUUGAUCAUGGCUAAAACUUCGAACUUCAACAUGAGGGAAGUUCCUCAAGAAGCUCGCUUGCCCGCCAAAUUAUUCGUGUUGCCCGAUAAAAGUACUCCCCAAAACUCGAAAUUCUAUCUGCCGUGCGAGCUCGGUUUCACGCCGCCCCGGAAAAUCCAGGAGAGCACCAAUCGAGGGUCGGCGGCGCCCCAGGGCUCGAAGAAGGAGUUGGCGUCUGGACACCAUACAGUCCACAAUAUAAGCAACACGAACGAUAGCGAGGUCCAACAAGCUGUCUCGAAUAUUCUGAAUAGUUCUUCAGCCGCCUCCGCGCCGCAAGCCAUUCCCUCGGAAUCGAUCUUAUUGGAUCACUCAGGAUCGGUUGUGCCUACCGAAAUCGCCCUCGAGCUAGACAACCAGAAGAACGUGAAGAGACUUGUCGAGGAAGAGAAUCGCGAAGGUUCGAGGAAGCGAAACCGCCUGGGACAGGAACAAGCAUCCAACGGGCAGCAGGUACAUCACUGUUUUCUUUAG